CCCUCCCGGCUCCUUCACGCAGGACCAAACGCUUUUAAGAAAAUCCUCACACUGACGCGCACGUCUCCUGCUUGGCGUCCACGGCCAACAACACCAGUCCCCUUACAACACACGGUUCUUAACAGGAAUAUAUAACGCGAUGGCUGGUUCGCAAGGAUAACGGGAAGGGAGGCGUGUUGUUCUGGCCUGGUUCGGGAUCCGGAUUCACUUUUCUGCGCCACGGCUCUGGAUCAGCAGAGCUACAAGUCUCCUUUGGAAGGAAAAACACGGGUCAUAUGCACUGACAAAGGAUCGACACCUCAGGAUUCAGUGUCACAGUCUGACAACCUUUUGUGGUUGUGGCUCAUUGUCAUUUCUAGUUCACAAAGUGGAGGGGAGGGGUAAAGAGAGAGAACCUCCCAGCUUCUCUCUUCCAAUGUCCCAGAGACAGUAUGACUGCUCUCAAGGCAUCAAACUGCUGACCGUGUCCACUUCUGUCCCUACCCCCUGAAACCGCCCUCCCACUCUUUUUCACCCAGACAUGGAGGUGAGGCUCUGGACUACGACUGAUGUCUCUGAUUGGCUGACUGAGGAGGGCAUGCAAGAGUAUUCAGAUGCGUUGCGUAACAUGGAUGGCCCUGCCCUCUUGCAUCUCUCUGAGGAGGACUUCAAAGCCCCCCCCUUGUCGUUGGUCACUGGUGACGGUGGUCGGCAACUGUUGGAUCGAAUAGAGACUUUGCGCUUCACCAGCCAAAUGAAGGCCCACAAGAGUAACAACCAUGAAAACAGUCACCACGCAAAUGGACACGCCAGCACCCUGCUUGCCAGUGGCAGUGUUCGCAACGGGAAGAUCCUUAAUGGUGGUAAUAAGAACGGAUACCACUCAGAGCCGGUUCGCAUCUUGAUUCCAUUGCCCUCUGAGCAGGAGCGCACACCGUUUCCCACUGAGUGGUUCAAAACAGGUGUGGCCUUCCUGUAUGCACUGUGCUGCUUUGUCACAACAACAGUUGUGAUCUCAGUGGUGCAUGAGCGCGUCCCCCCCAAAGAGGAGUCCCCACCCCUGCCGGAUAAGUUCUUUGAUCUGUUUGAUCGUGUGCAGUGGGCGUUUUCCAUCUGUGAGAUCAAUGGGAUGCUGCUUGUGGGACUGUGGUUUACACAGUGGUGUCUGCUCAAACACAGAUCCAUAAUUGGGCGGCGGUUCUUUUUCAUCGUUGGCACUCUGUACCUAUACAGAUGUGUGACCAUGUAUGUUACGACGUUACCUGUGCCAGGCAUGCAUUUCAAGUGCUCUCCCAAGCUUUUUGGUGACUGGGAGGCCCAAUCACGUCGGGUAAUGAAAAUGAUGGCAGGUGGUGGCCUGUCAAUCACCGGCUCCCACUCUUUGUGUGGAGAUUACCUAUACAGCGGACACACAGUGAUGCUGACCCUAACAUAUCUCUUUAUUAAAGAGUAUUCUCCACGAAGGUUCUGGUGUUAUCACUGGUUCUGCUGGUUCUUGAGUGCAGUUGGUAUCUUAUGCAUACUGUUGGCUCAUGACCACUACACCAUUGAUGUUGUGGUGGCCUAUUUCAUAACAACACGCCUCUUCUGGUGGUACCAUACAAUGGCCAAUCAGCAGGCUUUAAAAGAGAAUUCCGCUAGCAACCUAUUAUCUCGUGUCUGGUGGUUCGGGCCAUUCUGGUACUUCGAGAGUAACGUCCGGGGCAUUGUGCCUCGAAACUACCAGCUGCCAUUCUUGUGGCAAACAUUGAUGACUAUCCGGGUUAAGUACAGCAAGCUGGACUGCCGUGAGUCGUGACCCGUGUCUCCUGAUUGGCUGGAGCUCUGUGAGACUCUAAGAGAGAAACUACUCACCCCUUCAAUUUCUGCAAAAUUGGUUGAGCACUGUGAUGCAUAUAAACCUUUCAUUUAGUAAUAUUCUAAGCAUUUUAAUGGUCUGUAUAUAUUGAGUGGAGCAUCUAACAACUGGAUUUGAUUUGCUGCUCUGUUAUAGUUGUUAAAUAAUGCUGACAAGAUGAACUAUGUAAUCAGGCCAUCAUCUUACAGAGAACUAAGAAUUCCUGCUGUCUUCUCAAUGGACUAGGUCUAGCAAAAUAUGUAAAUUAAGGUUUAUUUACCUGCCAAAACUGUAUUGAAUAACCUGAAAUACUUAUAGAACAAGAUUUUCUUUUUAAGAAGCAUCUUUUUGUAAGAAUUUUUCUAAAUAUUUCAGGUUUAUUUUCCAAAAACGUGAUGUUCAAAUAGAAUAUCUUUUUUAGAUUUGUACCUUCCUGAAAGCUGGAGCACAUAUACUGUAGCUUCAGAGUUUUAUAGUGCCUUUAUUCUAUACAGUCAUACACACACACACACACACACACACACACACACACACACAUCAACAUACAAACACUUGUAAUAUACUCGUAUGCACAUGAAUACAUCCACGUGUAUGUGCUUUGUUUACACACACACACACUGCAUAUUUGAAUGGUGAUAUUUAUCUUAGCCUGCAAUCUAAGAGAGGCAGUGAGUUUUAUACUUGCUAUGAAUGUGGGAGUUCAGUUCUUCCUCCUAUACUAUAUUACUACAAUCCUUCAAAUCAAAGCCCUGAGCACACAUACAAUUAAUUUCUCACUAGUGUUUUAAUUGGAUAAUUGAAUUUUUUUCAGUAUCGUCCAUUGGUCUAGGAAAGAGAGUUAUCAGAAUAGAGUAAUUAACGAAUUAGGGAAGAGACAAAGAGAAUGGCAGAACGUUAGGAACAGUGUGUUCACAUCAGGAUAUAGUGGUGGUUUGACAAAACACUUGACAAUAUUUGAAUGGCAUGACUAACCCGAAUUGAAUGUCCCAAGUUUUAACCAUGGGCUGAUUCUUGGACAUUGAUGAAGUUGAUUGUUAAUAAAGAAUCACAGCUAGCAAUAAUAAAUCUUUGUUUUGGAAACCACCUUAAUAUUAAGGAAAUGUUUACAUUUAAGUUUACAUGCAUUGGCAAUCUCUAUUGAUAAAGACUAGUAAGUAAUUAGUUUGGUAAGACACAAGUUAUUAAAAGGGUUAUUCAUGUUCAUAUUACAUUUGUCUGCCCAAAAUGUGCUUCUGGUAGUUAAAGGGAAAAUCACCUAUUCUCUCAAUAAAUUGCCUAAAAUGAACUAAAUCAGAAACUGAUGGUACUUCCAGGCAUUUUCGACAGGUAGACUGAAUGAUAUUUAAACAGGGUUGGGAGGGUUACUUUUGAAAUGUAUUCCACUACAGAUUUCAGAACACAUGCUGUAGAAUGUAAUUUGUAAUGUAUUUAGAUUACUCAAGGUGAGUAACAUAUUCUAAAUACUUAAGAUUACUUCUUCAGCACUAGUAGAUUGUUUCACUUGUUUUGAUUAUAAAACUCUGCCAAUACAGUAAGACAAAAUACACAUGUUAAAAAUACAUUCUCUGAAAAACCUAAAUAUCUUAUGCAGUGUUUCUAAAACAAGAUAAAUCUAAUUGAUCUUGUUUUAUGGUUUUCAGAUAUUUUUACAGGAAAACAAUACAAACAUUAUUAUCAAGAAUAGGAUUUUUGCCCUAAUAUCAAAGGUCUUACUAGAAUAAAAGAAA